AGUUUUCUCAUAUACCGGGGGAGGUCCUUUCGCUAAGCAAGAGCGCCACGUUUGACUGAGAUGUGUAAAGCUUAAGGAAACCUAGCGGGAAGACUUGUCUUUUCUGACAAGCAUCCUUUAGGUUCAUCAUGUCAAAAGGUCACAUCCAUUGAAUGCUUGAGGCACAUGGCCAUCCCCAUAUCAAUCGGCGUCUGCGUCAAUUUACCAUGUAAUGAUGAUCAUUCCUUAUAAAAGAGGAGGGGAGUGAACUAAGCCUCACUUUUACUUUGCAUACUCCAUCUUAUCUAUCUCUCCUUCUACCCACACUUCUUCUUGGUCUUCUUCUUCUUCUUCUCCUUAUUAUCAAACCUUUUUGCUUUCUUCAGCAUAAUCAUAAUGGAUUCUCAUAAUCGCAACCUUUCAGUAGAGAUGCCUUCAUCUUCUCCUACCGCUGCUGCACUUGAAAACAUCUCCACCACUGCUAUUGCUGACGCGGCCAUGGUGGAGGUGAAGUUGCCGCCAGCAAAGAGGAGAAGAAGUGAAAAGGUUGAGUUAGUAGAUCUGUCGGAGCGGAAAAUUUUGGAUAUUGUGCCAAAAGGGUUGGGGAAAGUAAGAGAACAGUUAAAAGGAAAAUCUCUGUAUACAACUUUCUGAAUCUUAUAAUAGAUCAUAUCCUCCCCGCCAUUCGAAAGGACUGCAUAUGGGACACAAAGACGGAUCUUGUCCUCAGACUUCCUAGAAAAGAGGAAAGGAUUACCAGUCAUCGCCCAGGGCACUCGUUGAUCAGCACGUAUCCCUUUUCAACGGGCUUUUCCCUUCCAUAGGAUGAGAUCGCAGCUAAGUUUUGCAUCAAUCAUGGGUUGUGCCUAGCAUAAAUAGGUCCCCAAAUAUGGAGAUUGGUCAUACGCCUUCGGCAGUUGGCUUCCAAGGUCGAUGUUUCUUUUACUUACCAUCAUUUACUUUAUCUGUUCUCUCUCUAUCUAGGGGGAGUGAUCAACAUGACACAGUGAGGUUAAAAGACUCUCAUCUCGGACUGCCAUAUAACUUCGACAAGAGGUGGUGCGAAUGAUAUGUGGUCGUUCAAACCAUGUUUCUUUGGCCAGACCCCAAGAUCCAGUUCCCAGAGAAGUGGAAUUUUACUCGUGAACCUCUCAGACUUCUUUGCUUUCUUUUAUUAAAUUAGAGGAUAACCUCUUACUACUUUUUGCACUGUUUAGCUGCUGUGGUAGAGGUGGAAAAGGUUCUAGGUAUAGAAGACUGGGUGUCCAAGAUUUUGUAUGUAUCCACCAAUGUCUCGAGGACAUGCAAGAACAUUGCAGCCGAACUAGUAGGCAUUCUCGUAGAGUACCGUGGUAUGAUUUUCUCAGGUGUUGCUAUUUUGUAUUCCUCCUUUUAUUUUGUGCUUUCUAACAUAUGCGAAUCUAGAUAGGUGUGGGCGUUGAUAAGAGACCAAAACCUCGGGCCAGUUCAUUAGAAGAGGCAUCUUAGAUAAUUCAAGAACUAAUCCAUAUGGUUCCGGACAGGGCUCCUUCGAGACCAUCUUCCUCUGGUUCUUCGAAGAGAAAGCGCACCUCUGAGAGAAAAUCUUUGCCCUUUUGAUUGGAGAGGAUGCCACUCAAUCCAUUCCCCCGGCUACACAGGAUGGUUCCACUGGAGGAUAGACACAUAUCGACUCUAUCCAGGUUGAUUAUGGUGGAAGAAACCCCUAUUCCUUCAUCUGCACUAGCUAUUCCGUAAGGAGGUCUGGUAUCGGAGGUCGUGAUAGAGAUAAUUUCGGAUGAGGGUCUGGUUAUAAAGCGAGUUGUCUCAUCCAGGGAGAGAUCUGUGUUGCCUUCAUGUGAGUGAGUGGUUCAACCUUCCCAAAUCAUUCUUUCGACUUAAGAGCUGAAUUCUCGAGAGGAUGCCAACAAGGUGGUUGCAUAGGCUCGUGAGGGUCCCGUUGCCUUAACGGCCGAUAAUGCUGAGCACCGUCUUCUCAAUUUUUCUGUGCCGAGUGGAGUCGAAACGUACAAGGAUCCUAAGCAUGUUGCUGCUCAUCUUCCUCAGUUGACGAGUCCCCAAGACUAGCAACAUAUGUGGCUUAUGAAUGUGGAUGCCCUACUGACUCAAAUGGCUUAUGAGACUACAAAGAUUGAUGUGCUCACCUUGGGGACUCUAAAAAAGGUUCGAGAGGAUGCGACUAUGGCCAAAGAGGUGGUAAGGUAUGACCGAGCAUUGAGGGCCAUAAAUGAGAAGCUCGGAGAAAGAGGGAGAUCUCUUUUUUCCGGGACUGAAGCCACGGAAAGGAGUACUAAAAAGAGAAUGGCCGAAUUCUUGGAAAGCAAGACGGUUCGAGUGGCCGAAUGCAAUGGGGACAACGAUAGGCAUUUUGCUCUCCAGGCCGGUCUAGUAUUGAAGGCCGAUGAGGAGGUUCGGCUGAGGGAAGAGUGCUCCCAUUUUUAAGCCGAGACACAGGGGUUAAGGUCAGAUUUACCCUACUGAGGAGAUAGACUGGGCCAACAAUGCUAAUCGGGAAACCCUUCAAGUGGCUUUCGAAGAUUUGCAGAAAGAAGCAGUCAUGAGAGGAGCGUGGACCAUCAUAGUGACUUGUUUGCACACUCUUCACGAGUUAUGCACUGCUGCAGUGAAUUUUCUAGUUGAGGUUCCCAAACUAGAGGAAGAGAAAAAUGGAUCUUGGUCGAUGACUUGGUCUCCCUUCUACGGAUAUGCGAGGUCUUACCUCUGAUGAAGAUGAAGGUUUGGACGAUGUUGAGGAUGAAGAAGUGGAGGAAGUGAUAUGUCCCUGACAUGUCGGUCCCUUCUGGUGUCGUUGAUCAAAACGCUCCCUCUUUUGGAACAAAGGACAAUGAUUGGCCAUAGUUUGAGGCUUUUGAGUUUUUGUACUUAUUUAUUGCUCCCUAAGAGACUUUAUGUAAACAAAGCAUUUAAUGUAAUCCUUUUUUGUUCCUUCAA